CUGAAGAGUGUUGUGUUGAGUCAAGUGUUGCCAUGAAUUCAAUGAAUGGUGAGAAGAAUGGCGGCCAAAACGGGCCAAAGAUUGUGGAAAUGGUGUAUUCAUUGCUGGAAAUGUUACGCUUGUCGUCGGCUCAAGAGAUGUCCUCUAAACUGCUACUCAUGUCUCACUCGCCGCAGAUAUGUCAAGAGAUGAGACAACACGGGUGUCUUCCGCUACUCAUACAACUGAUCCAUCAGCCGAUCGAUGCGGACAACAGCGCAGCCAAUGGUGAAGACGCGAGUCAGCGGUUGGCCGAUGAGCGCCAACUGCGGGACAGAGCGUCGAAGACGUUGAAGAAUAUCAUUUAUAAUUCGGCCAAAAGUCGGCGCGAGAUUCGGGUUCUCAAACUCAUUGACGACUUGCGAUCGUUUGUCAACUAUUUGCGACUCAAUGGUCAGCAAACAGCGAAUGAAGAGCUGACGGAUCACCCGAACGGUUCCGUAGCGUAUCUGUUGAAAGUGUCGUUCGAUGAGCAGCACAGACACAUCAUCACUCUGUUGGGCGGUGUGUACGCCAUCGCAGAGGUGAUCCAAUACGACUACGAGUACCACAAGAAUGCCCGCAACAACGGCUGCAUCGCUCUGAGGCGCUACUCUUUGAUGACUUUGAUUAAUCUGACAUUCGGUGACUCACAGACAAAGUCACUGUUGGCCACAAUGAAGUCAUUCAUGCGAGCGUUGGUUCACAAUCUGGAAUCACCGGCCGAAGAGUUGAGACAAGUGGCGGCCAGUCUGUUGCGAAACCUCUCGUGGAAAGCGGAUUACAUAACAAAACAGAUAUUACGUGAAGUGGGAACCGUUGCGCUACUCACUCAGGCGGGUCUCGAAGCGACCAAAGAGUCAACACUUAAGUCAAUACUGUCGGCGCUUUGGAAUUUGACGGCUCAUUGCGGACCCAAUAAAGCGGACUUCUGUGGCGUGAAGGGCGCCCUUCCUUUCCUCAUCUCAACCCUCACUCCUAACUCGUCAACCAAUUCGAUGACAAUUGUGGAAAAUGGUGGCGGAAUUCUUCGCAAUAUAUCCUCGUAUAUAGUGAUGAACGAAGAGUACCGUCAAGUACUUCGUAAGCACAACACAUUGGCUAUACUUCUGGAACAAUUAAAGUCACCAUCGAUUCCAGUGGUGAGCAAUGCGUGCGUCACUCUAUGGAAUUUGUCGGCGCACUGUCCUAAAGAUCAGUCAACACUCUGGGAGUUGGGAGCCGUUCCGAUGCUCAGGAAUUUGACCACUUCUAGACAUAAGAUGAUAGCUAUGGGAUCGUCGGCUACUCUUAAGAACCUCUUUAGCUCAUCCGUUGCACCCAAUUAUAGGUCAAUGAAUGGCAAUGAUAGCUAUGGGUGUGUGAAUGGCAGCAAUUCGUGUUCAAUCCCAUCACUGGAGGCGCGCAAACUUAAAGCACUUAAGGAUGACAUGAAUUGCAAUCUUUCUGAAACAUACGAUCCCAUCGAUAGUCCUAAAGUGAGUCCAUCUCACGAGCCAUACGUCCGAUGCAAGUCUACUACGACACUGAAAAAUGUGUAUUUACCAGGCCGAAUGUAUACCAGUUUGAGCGGACACAUCAAUCCACAUCAGGUCUCCCGUUCCAGUAGUCACGAUAGUAUCGGUUCCACUCAUUCAGAACCGGUCACCAAAUUUAAAGAUAUGGAACACAAUAUGAGAAGUAUUUAUCCCUUUUCUACUCAACUUAUGCCACAAAUGUAUUCAACGCUUUCAUCCAACGACUCGAGAAUAAGUGAUAAGGAUUUGGAUAUCGGGGCCGACUUUGAUGUUUAUUGCGGAGAAUCUAAUUCUCAAAUGAAUAUCUCGGCCAAGAGUUCGUCGUUUACGGACGCAGAACUGGAUGUGGAUCUGGAUUGUGAUCCCGAACCGACCGACUAUAGCAAGCGCUACAAAGAACGAGCCAUCGAUGACUUUAUAGCCCCGCGUUGUAUUCGGCCAAGAGUUCGUCAACUGGAUGUGGAUCUGGAUUGUGAUCCCGAACCGACCGACUAUAGCAAGCGCUACAAAGAACGAGCCAUCGAUGACUUUAUAGCCCCGCGUUGUAACACAAGCCACAAACCAGAAGUGGCCGCUUGUGAGGACUCGGUUAAGGUGUAUAAAACGGAGGGAACGCCUCUCAACUUCAGUCUCGCCUCAUCGCUAUCCGAUUUGCGCGACACUGGACUCACUUUUGCCGAAGAGAAAAAGGAUUUGUGCGCCUCAUUAGCCGCCAAUGACGCGCACAAUAGCACCACAUUUGAUGCAAUCGCACAGCACUACAAGCAUUGCAACAAUAGUGACAUUAAAACUUCUGACAAACCGAGAGUCAUGUUUAAAAAGCCAACUCUUCCGCCGAAACCCAAAUUCACGAUUUCGCCAAAGAAACCAACAAUUGAUGAAAGUGUCGAAGAGUGCGAUCACAGCCACAAAAUAGAGCCCAACAAUAGUGCCAACAAUAGUGUUGUAUUUGACGACAAUUUAAUGAAGGCUUCCAUUUCUACCAAUAGUAUUGUCAGCAAUGAAAAUAUCUGCGAAGAGACGCCACUCAUGUAUUCCCGGAGCAGUUCUAUCAACUCUUUGAGUGACUGUGAAAUUAAGUCAGACGUGUGUCAGAGCUCUGUCGUCAGUGAAUUCAGUCGUCGAGCGUCGGAAGUGGUCACUCCAAGUGAUUUGCCCGACAGUCCAUUAGACAGUCCGCGACCAUUGAGUCCCAAACCGACUCCAAGAUUACACGAUCGGCAAACUGGCAAACGAGAGACAGACAGACAGACCACUGCUGUACACAACAAAUGUAACUCAAAUGAAAUGGAUUGCAAACCUACUGAUAAUGUUAGCGAAAACUGCGUGUUCUUUGAGGACCGACACAUUACUUACGCCACUGAAGGCACUCCCGCUAUCUUCUCGUUGUGCACGAGUUUGAGUUCAUUAACGGAAGACAUCGAUGCUAUCAAUUUGAACGAUAAUAAUGGCUACAAAAGUGAUGGAUUGACUCAAAUUGUUGAAGUGAAUGAUAUGAAUGAUAUGGACUCUCAAAUUGUUUACACUUCCAGUGAAGACGAGGGAGAAGACCAAUUAUUGGCCGCAUGUAUUUCAUCAGGAAUGAAGAGUAUAUCUAAUGAGAAGACAAUUUCUUGUAAUUCUCUUCAGAGAAUUAAACCCAAAGAAGUUGUAGUUAACUCGAGUUCAGUCAAAUCGAUACCUAUUCCUAAGCAACGUUCGACAGCUUCAAGUGAAUCAAUGACGCGGUCGGCGCCCGACGGCAGACCAUCGUAUAUGAACGCAAUGAAAGUGUCUCCCAUUUCACCAAUACUGCCAAUACUGCCAAUACUGACAACACAUGCUUAUAAUGAUAGAAAGGACACCAUUCAAGUAUACGCCACCGAAGAUACUCCAUGUGUUUUAUCGAAGACCAGUUCUCUGACGAAUGGUAAAUCUCGUAAUACAUCUAUGAAUCCGAUCCAUAAUAUAUCGGAUGAGAGCGACGACGAAGAGAUACUUCAAAAGUGUAUUGAGUCGGGAAUGACUGCAAGUCGUAAACUAAUUAACACGAGUAACAAAUGUGACAAAAAUGCUAACAAAAGAUCUCCAAAAACGCCAAAAUCGACGCCAAACGCGUCGCCUAACAGUGAGAACCUAAACGCUAUGACCCAUAAAAAAGAUGACAAAUCGGACAUAAAUGCCGACCAAAGUCGACGCUAUUUCGUUGAGGACACACCCGUACAGCUCUCUCACUGUCAGUCAUCGUUAAGUUCAUUAAGCAUUGAUUCCGACGAUCACAUGGAGGACCAAAAACUACUCAACGAAGCCAUCACUAGAGGUAUGAAUCAGAAGAAAACCUCAACAAAGACUACGAAAAGCAAAUCACACCACAAGAAAGCGACAGAUAAUGUAAUGACGAGUAGUAAUCGUUCGGUGGAAUCAGUUGACGACGCCAUCACUUAUACUGUGUAUUACAAAAGCGAUGGUUUAGCCAAAGGAGAGCUAAAUCGCAAACCUAAUGACAGUGUUAUGGUGUCGUCGGUGAUGACCGAUUCGAGCUGUUUGUCAGAUUUGGAUCACCAGAAGCCGCCAUCACUGAUGGAUAACUCAAUGUUUUCGAGUACGGAAUCGUUUUCCUACCGACAAAUGGCUCCUAAACCCACACAAACCAAACCAGCGAACAAGAGGUCGGAUGAAAGUCAGAUACUGUUGGAGAACGUGAAGCCGCCAUCCCUUAUGGAUGAGAUAUCGAUGAGUCAAAGCUGUGCCAGCAUUACAUCAGACAUACCGGACCUGGCGUUUGAUAAUGAAGCUAAAAAUGAUAGUAAAAUCAGUGAAAUGGCCAAAAUGUGCGCAAAUCGUAUCAAUUCAAUGACAUAUUCAGCAGACAAUUUACAUGUCGAUCCAAAUGAGACAACUUUUCACAAUAAAAACGCCUUAAAUUCAAAAAUAAUUUCCACUCAAUUUGAAUACGACUUAUCAGACACUGAAAUAUCCGAAGACAUACCCGUGGAUAACGCGGGACCAAAGUGUGUCUCACAAAAUGAUAUUAUCAUGGAUUUUACCACUUCUUCGUCCACACUCUUAUCAUUGGAAUCGCCGACCAUUUGUUCAGAUGUUAUCUCAGAGUUUGAGGACAAGACACGGCUAUCGAGGAGAGAGAAGGAGUUAAUGUUAUCGAAGAGACGAUUCUCGCCGAUCGGGUCGGAGGAAUGUUUGGCAACAGAUGAGCAUUCGGUAGUGUCGGACGGAUCUGAUGCCGAUUCCGCCACUUAUAACGUAAACUCUCCCCGAAGAGCACGGAUUGUUAGACCCGUUGCCUCAAAAUCAUCAAAUGAUAAGUUUGAAUCAGUCAUACCUUUCAAUUAUUCUUUGGCUAAAAAUAAAUACACGGCUAAACAGACGCGCACUUCAGCCCUGAGGGCCUCCCGAUCCCGAUCUGUUGAAACACAUCUCAGCGAAGAUACCAUUAUCUCUCAUAAUAAGGUCACCGAUCGGCACAUGUAUUCAAAUGAUGGCAACAAAUAUAUUGAUUAUAUGGUACAUAAGGCGGACUUUGCGUUCACUGAUUACAAACGGGCGAAACCACGUGCGGACACUUCAGCUAAGAAUAGAGAGCAUAACAACAAAUCAUUGCUCACUUCUGUGCGCUCCAAGUUGUCGGCGUCGCUGUCAUCACACGCUUUGGGCGCGAGUAACGCGAGUCUGUCGUCCAACUCGUCCAAUGGUUUGACCCCUUCGUGCGCGUCGUUCUCACGACGACUGGAAGUCCAGUCACGCAUCGCAUCGCUUUGGAAGCGCAGCAAAAGCACCGCAACUGAGUCUAAGUCGAAGAAAAUGGAUUUGAGUCGCUCUAUAAGUGCCCGAAGAUCAUUUGGAAAGUCAAAGAAAAAUGUGGAUCAAAAGGGCGGGUCAUUAGUGCGGAGCUCGACGUACGAGAAGUUACCGCAGAGUCCGGACGAGGCCUCAAAUACAUUCUUCGCCACAAAACACGACCACAACUGCAACGACGACAACAACAGCCAAGAGUUCGGCCAAUUCUCGGCGGACGUGUCUCGUCACAGCUGUUUGAGUCACCGCUGUUUGAGUCACCACAUAUUGGCUCCAAAUAUCACUUAUAAAAUACUAAACAAACAAAAUGAAUCUAUUGUCGAUGAUAUUCAGCUCGAGUUUCCCGAAACGGAUGCACUCGACUUACUUCAAGUGUUGGAAGCCAUGGGUCUAUGCGUUCAAUGCGAUCACGAGGAAGACAUUGCUUAUGAGUUCCCAUCUCUUCAACACCAGUCACCAAAGGAUUGUCAAAAUUGGGUCUCAGAUGACAACAUUGGAGAGCAUGACGUCUACGAUAUGCAUAAUAUGGUCUACUGUGGA